CAUUCGUCCCCGGUAGUGGGGUAUGAUCCUGCCAGUAAGACUAACAAAAUCUUGAAAAAGUUCCAUAUUCUCACCAAGGAAAAAAAAAAGUCGGCCGCAGGUGUUCCGGGAGCGGGGAACUUCAAAUCUAUCGAUCAUCGGAGAUCUCUUUAAACCCCGACUCCUCAGUGGUUCGCAUUACCGGUUAUUGAACGGAUUUUCACAGGUCACUGAAUAAUAGAUGCCAGUUGCAAAACUCAGCACAGGUGGCACUCUUGAUUCCAUGAAAUCAGGAGAUGGGAAUGAUUCUCUUGAUACUGUGAGUCGGCAAACUGUUGGGAAGGAGCCUCAUAUUUCUCUUUCAAGGACGGGGGAUAUCCCGGUCCCAUGGUUUCAGUUGCUUCAUGAGCUUCCUGGUUGGCCCUUGCUGAAGCCUCUGAAGGUUCAGAUGGAGAAGUGUGAGAAGUGCGCACAGGAAUUUUGUUCACCGGUUAACUAUCGGAGGCACAUCAGAGUGCACCGCAGAUCAUUAAAUUUUGACAAGGAAUCUCAUAAGAUUAGAGAUAUGUUGGCAGCUUUCUGGGACAAGCUCUCACUGGAGGAUGCUAAGGAAGUUGUAUCAUUGAGGGAUGUGACUCUAAAGGAAGUUACUGGCACUUCAGUUAUCAAAUCAUUGGCUGCAUCUCUCCACAAGCCAGGGGUUUGGACACUUCCACAGGUUUAUGUCGAGGCUGGAUCUACCCUACUGGAUGUCAUUCAUGCUAAAUCCUCUAGGCUUCCUAUAUCCUCACAGGAAUUAUUCAGUAUUCUUGAUGAUGCUAGUGAGAGGACUUUCUUACGUGCUGGCACAGCUGAAUCUGUGCUAAAGUAUAUUUUUGGUGGGAAACCUGGAAGAAUUGCCUUUGAGUUGAAGAACUUAGUUGCUUGCACUAGCUUUCUUUUUGAACUGAAGCUGGUUAAAGCAUGGGUUGCUGACAAAGAUGUUGAGGCCUUGAGAUGCCAGAAAUUGCUUGUGGAGGAGGAGGAAGCUGCUCAGAAAAGGCAAGCUGAGCUGUUGGAAAGGAAAAAGCAAAAGAAGCUCAGGCAGAAGGAACAGAAAGCAAGGGAACAUUCAAAUGGGGACGGAGUGGCUUUGAUUGAUGCCACUUCAUCAGAGGGAUCUUUUCUGGCAGAAAUGUGCAGCUCUUCUCCACCUGAUUCCAGUCCUGAUGCUCCUUGCACUGUAGAUGAUGGCACCACCUUCCUUAAGCCAGUUCAGCUCUCUAGUACUGAACAAAAUAAUGACAUUGAAGCUCAAUCUGAUUUAAGCAGUGGCCAUUUGGAUUCAGGUCUUGUUCAAAAUGUAGAACCCACAAUGGUAUCUGUAAACGGUCGCCGGUGGCGGCAGGUGUCUAAAUCCCAUUGGGCUGGAAGAAGUGACUUUCAUGGUAAUCAGAAUCAUCAAGUUUCAAAACUUGAACCAGUACAAAAGCUUGUCCCUGCCAAAGAUCGAGGUACUGUGGUGAGCAGCAGUAAAGUGUGGACCAAGAAACUUAAAGUGGACAAUGAUGAGGAGAUCUUGAGACCCACACUGGAGGAGGCAGUAAACCAAUCAGAUGAAAACAAGUGUGAACUGAUUAUUGGCUCUAUAUCUAUACCAGUUACAAACUGUAUCUUAAGGAAAAAUAAAAUCAGUUUAGGAGAAGCUCAUUACAGUUGUAGUACUGAGGAAGGUAAACAUAAGAGUAAUGUUUUGGAGGAACCAGCUAACUCCGACAGCCGUCAAUUUGGUUUAAAUGAAGCUGCCACUGAACUUCGGAUGCCUAAGAGUCUUCAUGGUUCAAGAGGUCCAUCACCAGUUCAAAGAGCCAACCAUGAUGCCCAAGACGGUGUUAUGGUUGACAAGCUAGAGGAUCGAACUGCCUCUGAUGGUAGUUGUUUGCAGUCAUCCUCUUCGGAUGAUGAUCAUAGCCAAAGCAGGGAGGGUUUGACCUGUGUGUACGAAGGGAUGGCAAUGCCUCAAGGUUUGCAGCUCUCCACUGCGGCUGCCAAAGCUUUUCUUGCACAGAGGUGGAAGGAAGCUAUCUCAGCGGAGCAUGUGAUGACACUGGUGCUUUCGGAGGAGUCUGAUCUUCCCGGGCUUCCAGAAAAUCAAAUUGACAUUUCGGCUCUUGAUUUUGAAAACGGGCAAGUUGACCUGGGUCGUAUUUCGUCUACCGGCGGAAUUACUAAAGCUAAGAAUAGAACAAAUCCUGAAAAGGGUGUUAAGAUCAAGUACAUCCCCAAACAGAAAGUUGCUUCUUAGGAUACAGGAGAGUAAUGCGAUUUUUGCUUUUGUCAUACCCGUUGUGCAGCUAACUAAUUGCCAUAGCAUUCGGUAGCAGAGGUUCCAGUUUUACCAGCGGUCUUCUGUCAAAGAAAAUGUUCAAAUUUUGAGGAUACAGUUUUUGAGUUCCAUCCUUUGUUCUUGAGUAGGUGGAGCAAAUUUGAUUAAGAGAGAGGUUUUCUCGGCUGUUCCCUGGUAGUUCUGUAAUAAAUUGGGGUUUCUUUUUGGUGUCAGGAGAAUUUUGUAAGCCUCAUGUCUUGGCUAAACAUCGCAUCUCGUGUUAUGCCAGACACUGUAAAAAGUAGAGUACUAUGAUAUAUUCCAGACGCGCCGCCCAAUUUUUAAGGAGUAUGAUGGAUUUGUUGUUAGUUA